ACCCUGUGGAGGAGGGGCCUGAGCACAAGAUGCCCAUGUUGCUUUUGGAUUCUGGUCCCACCUCCCCAACCCAGAGCCGCAGAGGCCUGCCCUGAGAUCUUACCUCAGCUCUUGCUCGCCCCAGGGGGAAGGUGGGUCCAGACCCGCCCCUCCUCAGCUGCCUAUAAGUACUGGGAACCUGGGGCUGCCGGCUCACACACCAUGAGGCCGUCCCUGACUCCGAGCACCUUCCUGCUGGCCCUCACACUGCUCGGCACCCUACUGGGUCUCGGCUGCCCGCUGAGCUGCGAGGUGUGCAGGGGCUCCGGGCCCACGUGCAGCGGGAGGAUGAAGACCUGCGAGGCCGGCAAGGACGCCUGCGUGGCCAUCGUGGGCGAGUCGAGCACCAAGGGCCACCACUCGGUGAACAGCUACAAGGCCUGCAUGAAGUUCAGCGACUGCUACUCGGGGUUCGUGUCCACCACCAUGGGCCCCAAGGACUACAUGGUGACCAACACGCACUGCUGCCAGAGUGACGGCUGCAAUCGCGGCUCGGUGCCCCCUCCCGAGAACAACCGUACGGAGAACGGCCUCCAGUGUCCCGCCUGCGUCGUGCCCUUCCAGGAGACCUGCCCGGGCACCCAGGCCGCCCGCUGUGUGGGCCAGGAAACCCACUGCAUCUACUUCGCCGGCAGAGUGCAGGCUGGCAUCAUCAACACCAGGUUUGCCACGCGAGGCUGUGCCACGGAGAGCGCCUGCAACACCAAGCCUGGUGCCGAGGUGCCCUCAGCCUCCUAUCUCUACUUCCUCCGCCGGGCAGACUGCCUCCCAGCCCCGCAGCUCCCCGGCAGGGGCGAGUGAGGGUCCGAGGAACGUGUGGCCUGAGGUCCCCACUUGUCUCCGCCUGCAGCUCCCCGUGUGCCUAUAAUUAAACAGAUUGACUGA